GAGGAAGCUCUGUAUCGAGUCAAUAUGUCUUGAUUGAUUAUAACGACAUAUUGAAGGAUUAGUGAGCACGUAUUGAAAUUAACAGGCAGAUUCGCGGUCUCGCGAAGCCUAUAUCUAUGUGGCCAACAUGGCUAUGACCAUGCGCGAGAUUGUGCUCUGCGCAGCUCUAAUAUUUGUCAUUGGGGUUUCUGUAUUAAAUCAAACAGUUAAUUCAACAUCGUCCCUUUCGAAUCAGCUCCUACAAAAUGACCAAUCCGCAUUGUCAUCCACAUCUCCCUCCAUGAUCCACCUGCAGCAACAACAAAAACAACACGACCAAGACCAGAAACUACGGUUAAACAAUCUCCAAGUCAUCGGCACACAUAACAGUUACCAUCGCGAAGUCUCCCUGCCGGAAAGAAUCCAUUUCCCUUACCUCAUGGCAGACGUUGACCAGCAUGUUGAAGGGUAUUACUACUCCCACGCCUCCGUGCACGACCAACUGGAACACCAGCAAGUCCGCAGCUUCGAAUUUGAUGUCUAUGUUGACACGCAUGGCGGGCUUUUCGCGGAUCCGCUUAUCCGUCGAAUCGCAAAUAUGUCCGAGUCGGAUAAUGCGCAUUACGGUCUACCGGAGGACGUGAUGCGACAACCAGGUACAAAAGUGUUGCAUAUUGCCGAUGCAGAUGUAGGAACCAUAUGUCAUACGCUGGUCGAAUGUUUGACGCAGGUGAAAGCUUGGUCCGAGUCAAAGAAAGGGCUACAUGUGCCCAUACCUAUAUUGAUUGAAUUUAAGAAGACGGAACCCGGUCUUGAGCUACAAGGUGGUGUCGUCGCUGAGGAUUGGACUGUCGAUGCCCUAGAUCGAGUGGACGCGGAGAUUCGUUCAGUGUUUAGUGAUGACCAACUCAUCACGCCGGACGAUUUACGCAAACAUGCAAUGGACAACGGCGUGGUCAGCCGCAACAGCAACAAAAACAUAACUCUAGAAGAAGCAAUUCUCGCCUUUGAGCAUGGCGGUGGCUGGCCCACGCUCUCAUCAUCUCGCGGCAAAUUCUUCUUCGUCAUGGACAAUGAACCAACACAUCCCAUUCAAAUCCGCGAUCCAUACCGAAGCGGUGGUCGCACAAACCUCGAGGGCCGAGUAAUCUUCACAAACUCUCUGCCCGGCGAACCAGAUGCGGCAUUCAUAAAACGCAAUAAUCCAAUUACAGGCAACAAUCAGCACCAAAUUCAAGAGUUAGUUUCAAAGGGGUAUUUUAUUCGUACGCGCGCCGAUGAACCGAUUCAAAUGCUUCUAACAGAUGAAGUGCCUGCCAUGCGUGACGCGGCGCUGGCGAGCGGUGCACAAAUUGUUAGUUCGGAUUGGGUGGGAGCUGGUGUGAGUGCGAGGUAUAAUAGCGAUUAUUUCGUGGCAUUACCGCUGGGAGGAGCUGCGAGAUGUAACCCCGUAAAUGCGCCGAAGGGGUGUGUGGAUGAAUACUUGGAGUUGUUGUAAGCAUAUAUAGCUAAUAGUAUUUAUUCAUCUUG